GUUUGAGAAUAGUCUAGCCGAAAGUGUGGCCACAAUGGCCCGACAAUAUGUUCGAAGUGUCAUCAACUCGGUUCAGAGAGUUGCGAUGGCUAUAUCUCCUUCUGGUUUGAGCCCGUGUGUCGGUCCCAAAACGUCUCCUGGCUCGCCCGAUGCACUCACUUUAGCGCAAUGGAUUUGCCAGAGCUACAUGUAUCAUUUAGGAGCGGAUUUGUUAAGCUCGGGUUCGGUAGUUGGGGAAUCGUUAUUGAAAGAUCUUUGGCAACAUCAAGACGCCAUUUUGUGUUGUUCUCUAAAGGUAUAACAAG